UGCGUGCGUGUGCGUGUGAGCGCAGAGGGGCGGUAACCACUGCGGUGCUACUCCUGCGCGCUGCCCGCGCACAGCGCCAGUGUCCCGCUGCGCUGCGCUACGACAACCACCGGCACACUUUAGUUUAUUCAUAUUCUGUGGCCUAAAGUGGGGAAAGGGGGAUCCGGGAGGGGGGGAAAGGAUAGCGACAGACAACAUGGCGGCGGCACCGAAGCGGCAGGACACUCGGAAGUUCUUCGAGAACCUGUCCGGCGCCGGGAAGUCCAUCGCGGUGCUGACGAGCGGCGGAGAUGCCCAAGGCAUGAACGCGGCGGUCCGGGCCGUCGUCCGGAUGGGGAUCUACGUGGAGGCGAAGGUCUACUUCAUCUACGAGGGGUACCAGGGCAUGGUGGACGGAGGAGACAACAUCAAAGAGGCCACGUGGGAAAGCGUCUCCAGCAUGCUGCAAGUGGGCGGCACGGUCAUCGGCAGCGCCCGCUGCAAGGAGUUCCGCGGCCGCGAGGGCCGCCUGAGGGCCGCGCGCAACCUGGUGCAGCGCGGCAUCAACAACCUGUGCGUGAUCGGCGGCGACGGCAGCCUGACCGGCGCCAACCUCUUCCGGGAGGAGUGGAGCGGCCUGCUGGACGAGCUCCUCGCACAAGGCCUCAUCGAUGAGGAGGCGGCCCGGAGCAACUCGGAGCUCCACAUCGUGGGCAUGGUCGGCUCCAUCGACAACGACUUCUGUGGCACCGACAUGACCAUCGGCACCGACUCGGCCCUGCACCGCAUCAUCGAGGUGGUGGACGCCAUCAUGACCACCGCACAGAGCCACCAGAGGACCUUCGUGCUGGAGGUCAUGGGCCGACACUGCGGAUACCUGGCCAUGGUCAGUGCCUUGGCUUGUGGAGCCGACUGGGUUUUUAUCCCAGAGAUGCCUCCUGAGGACGGCUGGGAGGACGUCAUGUGUCAGAAGCUGUCCGAGAACCGCGCCGACAAGAAAAGGCUGAACAUCAUCAUCGUAGCUGAAGGAGCCAUCGACUCCCACAACAAGGCCAUAACUCCUGAUAACAUCAAGGAACUGGUGGUUCGCUGCCUGGGCUUUGACACCCGGGUCACCAUCCUGGGCCACGUGCAGCGAGGCGGGACGCCCUCCGCCUUCGACCGGAUCCUGGCCAGCCGUAUGGGCGUGGAGGCGGUGCUGGCGUUGCUGGAGGCCUCUGCCACCACGCCGGCCUGCGUCGUGUCGCUGGUGGGGAACCAGGCGGUCCGGCUUCCACUGAUGGAGUGUGUUCAGAUGACUCAGGAGGUCCAGAAGGCCAUGGACGAGAAGAAGUUCGAGGAGGCAGUGAGGCUGCGUGGAAGUAGCUUUGAAAACAAUCUGACCACCUACCGCCUGCUCUCCUACCGCAAAGCCGACUCCGAGCUCCCCAACAGCUCCUUCAACGUCGCCGUGCUGAACGUUGGCGCCCCGGCGGCGGGGAUGAACGCCGCCGUGCGCGCUGCCGUCAGAGUGGGAAUCACCGAAGGCCACAAGAUGUUCGCCGUCAGCGACGGCUUCGAGGGCUUCUACAAGGGACAGAUCAAGGAGAUCAAGUGGGGCGACGUCGGGGGCUGGACCGGCCAAGGAGGCUCCCUGCUGGGGACCAAGCGAACUCUUCCAGGCAAACAUCUGGAGGACAUUGCUGAGCAGAUUAGGAUCCACAACAUCAACGCUCUGAUGGUCAUCGGAGGGUUUGAGGCCUACGUGGGACUGCUGGAGCUCGCCGCGGCGCGCGACCGCUAUGACGAGCUGUGCGUGCCCAUGGUCAUGGUCCCCGCCACCGUCUCCAACAACAUCCCCGGCUCAGACCUCAGCAUUGGCUCAGACACGGCUCUGAACGCCAUUACUGACGCCUUUGAGUCCCUGCUGCAGCUGUACGAGGCCCGGGCCGACUACCAGGACUUUUGCAUCCCGAUGUGCAUGCUGCCCGCCACCAUUAGUAACAACGUGUGCGGCACCGACCUCAGCAUCGGCGCCGACACGGCCCUCAACGCCAUCGUGGAGACGUGCGAUCGCAUCAAGCAGUCGGCCAGCGGCACCAAGCGCCGCGUCUUCAUCAUCGAGACCAUGGGGGGCUACUGCGGCUACCUGGCCACCGUGGGGGGGCUGGCCGCCGGCGCCGACACCGUCUACAUCUACGAGGAGCCGUUCAACAUCCGGGACCUGCAGGCCAACGUGGAGCAUCUGACGCAGAAGAUGAAGACGAGCAUCCAGAGAGGUUUGGUGCUCAGGAAUGAGAACUCCAACGAGAACUUCACCACGGACUUCAUCUACCAGCUGUACACGGAGGAGGGCCGAGGGGUCUUCGACUGUAGGAAGAACAUCCUCGGCCACAUGCAGCAGGGAGGGGCUCCUUCACCAUUCGACAGAAACUUUGGCACCAAAGUUGCUGCCAAAGCCAUCCAGUGGGUCACCAAGACGCUCAAGGAGUCCUACAAAGGAGGGCGGGUCUUCACCAACUCGGAGGACACGGCCUGCCUGCUGGGGAUGCGCCGCAGGGCUCUGGUCUUUCAGCCCGUGUCCAAACUGCGGGACGAGACCGACUUCGUCCACAGGAUCCCCAAGGAGCAGUGGUGGCUCAAGCUCCGCCCCCUGAUGAAGAUCCUGGCCAAGUACAAGACCAGCUACGACGUGUCCGACUCCGGCCAGCUGGAACACGUGGCCCGCGUGCGAGCCAAGGAGGGCGACACCAUCUGAGGGGGGGUCUGAGGGGGUGGGGGGUCUUUGGAGAUCAAAGACAGACGGUGGUCAUUUAAAAGAGAAACAAGCUGUAACGUGUGUUGAAGUCGUGGUGCUUUCAGAAGGCAUCUUCUAUUUUUUAGGUGAUGAUGCAGAAUUUUGGAGUUUUGGUUGUUGAAUUUGAAGGGAGGGGGUGGGGGGGGGGCAAUCAAAAUAGAGUUCCUCAAUAAGCCAUCACAGCCGAUAUGUAUUCUCCAGAUCAGUUAUUAUAUACACACUCAAAAAUAUAUAUAUAUAUAUAUAAAUCUAAGCACUCCUUAUGUACUGAAUAGGUAUUGAAGCUUUAUUCCUGUAGCUGUGUAGAAUUGACCUUUAACCUCCUGGUGGGUCUAACGCCUCCAGGCCGAGCAAAGUGACGUUUUAGGAUUUCCUUUUAAUCAACUCGCCCCCUGAAGCUGCUUUUAGAAAGAGAAUAUUAAUAUAUGCAUACGUGUGUGUGUGUGUGUGUGUGUACUCAUAUACUCACAAUGUGUCGCUGGUCCAAAGAGGUUCCACCAACUUGAUUGUAAAAUGGUGAGCUGGUCCAGUUGUGUGUGUCUGUGUGUGUGUGUUAUCUUUUCCGUGGUGUUGUGAGUCGGGUCCUGCUGUCCACUCACGUCCUGUCAAGUGUGCGUCCGAGUAACAAAGCAUUUAUUGUGUGGACAGUUAGUUUUAAACAUGUGUUUGUUCUAUUGAUCGGGAAAAGGGUCUGAAGAUUAAAUCAGUACAUUAUGUCACAAAGAAAGUGUGCAAUAAAAAGUCAAAGUAGUGAAAUG